AUGCCUCGGUAUGGCAAUCUCAGUCGCCUUCUCCUUCCUCAACCGUAAUGUUCUUUUCAGCUGAUUAUGUGCGUUCAUUAAGGUAUUUGAUUUUUUUUUUUGAAUCUGCCUUCGCAGGUACUACUGCGACUAUUGUGAUACUUACUUGACGCAUGAUUCGGUGCGUUGAAUAUCUCGCUCUCUCUGCAGACACCCUACCCCUCCUGAAUGAGUGUGGGUUUACAUUGUGUUUCGUUUCAUCCGAACUGUUUCUUCUCUCUCCUGCUUAGUCGGCCAUCUUACGCGGAGAGAUCCAGAUAGGCUCCAAGCCUAAUUAUUUCAUAUAGAUGGGAUGCUCGUAAAUCUUUGGAGUAGUGUAUAUGGUCAGGGAUCGGUCGAAUCUGUGAUUGCCUGUGAGGCCAGCGCCUUCAAUAGACAAAGAAUUCAGCGUGCGUUUGCCUUCAGCGUCCAAAUACCAACAGAGAACUUCCGCAUUGUCUUGCUUGUAUCUUUCGAAAGUAUGAGAAAGGAGUUGCCCUAGCUACUGGUGCAUUACAUUCUAUUGCCAGAUGCGAGAAGGAUAGAGUACUGAUAGUAGAAUCAUUCUUUACACUUCAAUUCCAUCACGAAAGGACCACUCAGAUUAAUUAACUGCCUGUAAAGUUCACGUCCAAAAUUAAUUUCUUAAAUUUCAAAGUACGAAUGUUAGUUGAUGUUUUUACUUUAAAAACUCACUUUUUUCCGCAACCGUUUCAGCCAUCUGUGAGGAAGCAGCAUAAUGCUGGGUAUAAACACAAGGUAUUUAAUUAGUCUUUUCUUAUUGAAUUUUUGUUUUCCUUCACUUAUUGUCUAAUACAUGCUGACUGAUGCUAUUAUGUUACUCAGGCAAACGUACGUCAAUACUAUCAACAAUUUGAAGAGCAACAGACGCAGAGUCUUAUUGAUCAAAGGAUCAAGGAGCAUCUUGGACAGGCCGCAUAUCAAGUUGGUGCAACAUAUUUGUCUUCUCUCCCUCCAAAUGCUCAGAGGCCUCGUCUUCCUGUCCUACCUACACCGGUAUUGCCAAUGCCUGGAGGUUCGCAGCCGCCUCUCCCAUUAAUGCGGCCCCCUGUUUUGCCACGCCCCAUGCCUGGAGCUCCAGGUAGGUGUUAAGAAAUAUCUUUGGCUUAUGGAUAUCCAUAUACUCAUAGAAAUAGGUGUUUUAUUGAAAUCAACAUUAGAGAAAAUUGCAUGAUAUCUCAUUCAGAAAGUGGAAUUACGUUAUCGAUUGCUAGCAAUAGUUUCAUCCAAUACGGAUAAAUAAUUAUGGUUUUGAAAUUCUUAUAACAAAAUCGUGAGUUAGAUGAAGUGAAUGGUUUCUGUGAUGGAAAAAUAUGAAUUAAUACCUUUGGUUCUGUUUUGCCGCCUUGGAGUGUGAAAUGCUUACAGUAACCUCAGGAAUCUUGGUCGUCUUCUCCAGGGGUUCAAAAGUUUCUGCCACCACUUGGCACCAACUAAACUAUUAGGUCAUUCUGCUUUUCAACUUUGAAGAAAUUGCAGAUCUCUACUUGUAGACAGUUGAGGAAGGAUAUAGCAAGACAAAGGCAUCUCAUUAAUGAAUGAACGUAGGACACAUAAGGGAAUUCUUUAAUGGUGCGGGUGGUCUCGUCUGCAAUCAAAUACUGCUGAUUGAUAGAGUUUCUCCUUCUCAUACACAUUGUGGCUUCCAUUGACCAAAUGUCCAAAAAUAAUCAAAUAUUUUCGCCUAGUCCCAUGAAGGAACCCCUAUACUCAUUGUGGAAUGAUUUGAUCUGAACUUUCUACAGAGUUUUUUGAUAUCAUGGCAAUAGCUGAUGUUAUUAUAUUCAUUGUAUUUAAUUGUUGAAAUUCUUUUUGAUUGCUAUCUUCUUUAGUUUCAUGAUUCCUACCUAGUGAAUGGAUUGAAUUUUCUCAUGUACUCUGCAUAAGAGAUUAAAAUGUGCAUCAAUGUAUAAAUAAGUUUUUCACAUUGAACACUUAUGUUCCUACCAGUGACAAUCUGCAUAUGCGUGAAGUUCCCAUUGUGCCAAAUGGUCUAUCGGCUUGAGAAGGAAACUUUUUGAAAGAGUUGCUAGUACACACAUCAUUACCUGGUCUCCUUCAUUGAAUUCUUGAUAUCUUCGGUGUAAAUCUUGAGAAGACUUCUAAUUCUCAGUAGAUAGUUCAGUUACUAUCUUUAGGUCAAUAUGCGAAUUCCAAAUGUGUUAGAAAAAAUUCUCAACGUGGUCAGGAGGGAGGGCAUUAAGAAUGGGAAUCAAAUUAUAAUGUUGACGAGGCAAUUGAUGUCCUGUGAAGGGCUCUUGUUGAGAGAUCAAUUGAUUGAGCUUGGUAAAGUAGGUCCCACUUUGCCAAUCAUUUACCAACUAACGCGAUGCAGCAUCAUUCCAAUUCACCUUGUAGAGCAUUGGAUGCGAGUUCAUUCAUUGAUCCAACAAUCUUCUUUCUGGCUGCCAGCCAAUAUUUUCCCCUCAUUUUAUGCUUCAUUUCAUCCCACAACUAGAUGUGACCUUGCUUAAUUCCUCCUAACUCUGUUUGCAUAAUUUCCAGUCUAAUAACGUCAGUAAUACAAGCUUUUUGGGUCAGAAGUUUUGCUUACCUAAAUGGGAAAGAUCUUAGACUCUGGGUAACUGUUAGCGUUUGACCCUCCCCAGGGUAACACAUGAUUCUGACAUCAUCAUCAUGGAUUUGUUUUCUUUUUUAUAAGAGGUGAAGAGGGUGAUGGCCAAUAUGCAGAUGAACACCAGGAAUGAGGGGAUCCAACAGGCUAAAAGUUGCAUAUUAUACCUGUAGAGUGAUCGAUAUUAAGAGCCGAGGUUUGGGGGGGGGGGAGGAGGAGAGCUAUGAAGGCUCCUUCUCUUUCCAUGGGAAAGGUGUUCCUGUGGAGGAUUAUUCAACUGGCUAGUGUUGUUGAUACGACUAUUCACCUUCUUUGUUGCCCGUUGACUCACCAUUUUCUCACAUGAGGUGAUAUAUUUCUAAUUCAAAGCCCUUGACUUCUCUCUUCCAAAUCAGUUAUAUUUUUCAAUCGAAAAUCCUCAUCUCGUGUUUCCAUUCUUCUCUCCUUGAUUCACCUCAACUUACUCUUGGAAGGAACUCUCUAUCUAACAGCUUCGGUGACUCUCUCUCUCUCUCUCUCUCUCUCUCUCUCCUUCUGCUGCUGCAGGGUAUGGGGGUAUGCCAGGAAUGCAGUUUCCAGGUCCACCUGGUCCGCCCUCAGGACCAAUGCAAAUGAACGGGCCUCCGAGGCCUCCGAUCACUCCCCCGGCCUCCUCUGGCGGCCCAUCUGCACCGAUUCCUGGCUUCAACCCUGCAACAUAUCAGGGCAACCCGUCGGCAGGAGGUGGCGGUGGGUACGAUGCUUUCAGUGCCUCCUCUCCUUCAGGAAUGCAAAGGUCUGCUCAGGAUGGGCCUCCUCCCUCCAAUGCUCCCCAAGACGGUGGCCACCACAUGUACUCCCAGCCAUCGGAGUCAAACCACUAG